AUGGUCUCCCUCCUCGUCACCGUCUUCCUCAUCCAGUUGGUCUGCCACCUGAUACUGACCAUCGGAUCCAAACCUUUCAACGACCUGCUAUGGCAACUCUACUGUCGGCUGCCAUUCCAGUCCUCUCACGAUAUCCAAGAACAGACUCGUCUCCGCCGUGAAGUGGUCCGUCUGAAAAGAGAAAUGAACGCUGUCAGUGCCCAAGACGAGUUCUCCAAGUGGGCGAAAUUGCGAAGACAACAUGACAAGGCCCUGGAAAAAUACGACAAGCAAGCUGCCGCUGUCUCGUCCGCACGAACGUCCUUCGACACUAAAGCUACGGCGAUCCGAUGGACAUGCACGAGCGGGCUGCGCUUUGCGCUGCAGUUCUGGCAUGCGAAGACGCCUGUUUUCACCUAUCCGCGGGGCUGGUUCCCCUGGUACAUCGAAUGGUUGCUCGGGUUUCCCAGAUGCCCAUACGGUGGCGUGAGCAUCAAUGUCUGGACCGUCGCUUGCGCCACAGUCAUUGCACUAGUAUGGGAUGUGGCAGUCUACAUUAUACAAUACGCGCGCGGGAUCCAGGUGGCCGAGAAGCAAAAGGUCAGAGUGCCGGCGUCAGUGGGAGAGAAGAACAGAUGA